GGGCAUCCGUAAUGCAAAAACCCUGGAGUGGGACCCUGCUGCUCACGUGUAUGAUUACAUGCCCCGAUUCGCGGCCUGGCCAGAAAGGUUAAGCCAUAGCCACCGAUCGGAUCAUACUCCCACAUCCGCAUCUCUCUCCGUCAAGUGCCCCAGCACAAAGAUUCACCGAAUAUCACUUCUCCAAUACCAUUGGCCCAUAACCCCCAACUCCACAUUUUCUACUUCUUCUUCUUCUAUAAGAGCAAUCAACGUAGAGACUCCUUUCUCUGCUCUACACUCUUUUCUUCUCUUCUCUUGCGGAGACCUAGGGUUUUUGGAUGGCAUUUCCGUAAAUAAUGGCGGCUAGUUCUAGAGGCUUCGCGACUCCAUUUCGUCUGGAACUGAGAAGUGUUGAUGUGUCAACUCUGCCACAUCGCGAAAUCGAGUUCAGGAAGUGUAGGAGGAGGGUUUCUGUUGAUGGAGAUCGAAUUCGGCUGAGUAGAAUCAGAUGCUGCUGUUCUGGAAGUACUGGCUCCGGGAAGAGUGUGGAGAAGGCUGAAGAAUGGCGGUUUGACUCUAAAAAGAGUUCUCAUAGAGUUCGAAUCCAGGCUAUGCCUUCAAUGCCUUUUGCCUCGCCUCAGUCUCAUUUUGUUUCCAAACAAGAAAAGUUCUAUCCCCGCUGCACUCCAAGACAUUCUGGUCCACAGUCCCGUGAUACUCCACCAAAAAGAGACACUGGUAUUGCAAAUGAAAAGGAUUGGGGCAUCAACUUAUUAAGUGAAAAUAUCAAUGAGUCUGGCACUAAUGAAGAUGGCAGUGCUUGGUAUCGAGAGAGUGGGGAAGGCCUUGGUGAAAAUGGAUACAGAUGUAGAUGGACAAGGAUGGGUGGUCAAAGCCAUGAUGGUUCCUCGGAAUGGAAAGAAAUGCCUGGGUGCAAAAGCCAAAAGAGAAGUGUGAGGGUCAAGUUUGAAAGCUACCAAGCAAUGAAAAAGUGGUGGGAGAAAAGUGACUGGACGGGAUACAAAGAACUAGGUGUGGAGAAAUCUGGAAGGAAUGCUGAAGGGGAUUCAUGGUGGGAAACAUGGCAAGAAGUUCUUCAUCAAGAUGAAUGGAGUAAUCUAGCUAGGAUAGAGAGGAGUGCACAGAAACAAGCAAAAUCAGGCACCGAGAAUGCUGGGUGGUAUGAGAAGUGGUGGGAGAAAUAUGAUGCUAAAGGCUCAACUGAGAAAGGAGCACAUAAGUACGGUAGACUGAAUGAACAAUCAUGGUGGGAGAAGUGGGGAGAGCAUUAUGAUGGAAGAGGAUCCGUUCUAAAAUGGACAGAUAAAUGGGCUGAGACUGAACUAGGAACCAAAUGGGGUGACAAGUGGGAAGAGAAAUUCUUUGCUGGCAUAGGUUCACGUCAAGGGGAGACUUGGCAUCUCUCUCCCAGUGGUGAUCGCUGGUCAAGGACAUGGGGAGAAGAACACUUUGGAAAUGGUAAGGUGCACAAAUACGGCCAGAGCACAACGGGUGAAAGCUGGGAUAUUGUUGUCGAUGAGGAAACCUAUUACGAGGCCGAACCUCACUACGGAUGGGCUGACGUUGUGGGUAAUUCAAGUCAGUUACUAUCAAUAGAACCUCUGGAGAGGCCGCCUGGUGUCUACCCAAAUCUCGACUUUGGGACAUCUCCACCACCCCCAGACGAUGACUCCCCAGAUACCCCUGCAUCUUCACAAUGAAGAGCGUGAUAAAUCAUUGCACUCACGUGUCUUGCCUCAUUUAUUCAUUCUUUUGAAUAUCGAUAUUUCCAGUUUUCAGUUACCAGUUUGUGCUCUGAUUUCUUUAACGACAUUAUUCAUGUAAUGUGUUGGGUUUAUUUAUUUAUAUUUGAUGUUGAAGAUGUUGCAUAGCA